CUGGCAUCGACGAUGGUUUGACAACAGAACAACAUGGAGCCGGGGAAAAAUGGGGUAAAAAAUAAUCAAACAGACAUGAACGAUGGCGCAAGAACGAGCAAGUUUCUUUACAAAGCAUCGACUCAGAAAUCAGAUCCUUGGAGCAAAAACGACGACGAAUUCGAUGAUAUUAUUAAACCUGAUAUGUUCACAACUGACAAGAAAAGAAAUAGCAGUUCUCCAGGUGUUGAUCUAGACGAUGUGUGGAGUAUUCGCAAGAAUGUACAAGUAACAGCAUCGAUCAAGAAUGGAUCAGCUUUAAAAACUACCGGAAAAUCUUUUUAUUCAAGACAUGGUGGACUAUCGGGAAACGUAGAUGCGAACACUUCAGUAAUGUCAAAAAAGCAGAGAAUGGAUGGAGAAGAAAUGAGUCAAUCGCAGAGUAGUUCUGGUUGGAGUGCUCCAAGGCCAGGCUAUUCCUAUUCGGACAAGUUUUCAUUCGAUAACAACGGAAGCAGCCAGAGUAGGUCUCCUUUAGCAAGAGAAUUUGGCGACAUCAUUGCUGACGACAACAAAAGAAGGCAUGAAGAGGAAGAUUUUGAGUCUAAGAAAAAUAGAUUGAAUGCUCGAUUGCCAAUGCCAGGGGCACCACAAAUUGCAGCAAGAGAAAUGUCUGCAAGGACCAAACGUGCACAAACAUUACAACAAGCUCAUAUGAAGUCUCGUGGAUUAGGCCAGUAUUCAUCCCCCAGUGCGCCAUAUACCAAACAGCUUGAUGACGAUGAUUAAUACUUUCAAGUGGAGAAGUAAAAAUGAUUUGAUUUAAUGGUGUAAAAUAUAUUUAUUAGAAAAUCGUUCAAAAUAUUCUACAGAACAUGCGUCGGACAAUGUUGUUCUAAAUUUGUGUUUAUUUAUUUGUUCAUCGUAGUAUUCCACAUUAUAAAAUAACUGUUAUGAAUGUCGCGUUCUGAUUGGUUUGGAGCGCGUGCUUUAUGAGAGCACAUUGCACGCGCU